UAUGAUGCUGAUCGUUGAUAAUUUGAGGUUUUGGGUCGUAUUUUAACUUGCUCAUGCCAUGCUAAAUACAUCUCCGCAUUAGACGAUCUCGCUUGUCGUUACUGCUCCACUCCCUUGCAUAUGUACUGCCGCGUAGCUCUAUGGGGCAUUUUGAUGCUCCACCUUUUUCAGGAGACCACCAUCACCGUCGCAGCCAUAGGUGCAGGCGAGCAACAGCUUAACAUUGAGGCACUGAUCAGUGAUUUCGUCGGAGCUGCUGCAGAUCGCCGCAGAGUGCUGUGGUGGGACAUUACUGCUCAGCAACCUGUCCUCAAGAAUAACCCGCAUUUCCGAAACCGAAAGGUGACGAUAUCGACGGGUCCCAUCAUUUACGGCAACGAAACGAGCGUCUCCGUGAGAGCCCCGCAUGUGUACGAGCACUGGGUACACAACGACCGCUACAACGAGUCGCAUACGAGUGUGGUGAAGAAGACCAUCACCCAAUCACACAGCUACACCUGGAACCUGGUGGACUCCUACUCCUUAAGGCAUGCAGUGAAAGUGACAGCGGGACUCCCAGACGCCAUCAGUGUCGAGUCUACGACGACAACUUCCUUUAAUCUAACUCGUGGCUCACAGGACACGAAAACGGACAUUUCACAGGUAGAGGUCACGGAGACCGUCACCGUAAAGCCGAGAACUUCAACGAAGCUGACAUGGACUGUCAGCAACAUCGCCAAGGACAUACCAUGGUCCAUGAACGUAACCUUGAAUGGAUGGAUCGCAGUGUGGUACUACAAAAAGGUCUCAGGACAUUACCUCUGGUUCUACCCCAUUGACUUUCUCUCUGCGGAAGGACUACACCGCAUUCAAGGAGGAGGCAUCCAGUUCACCGCCAAUGGAACAUUCACGGGCGUUAACUCCGAGAUGUCUUCACUGAGGGUGGAAGAGCACGACCUUCGAACGUACACUUCAAAGCCAUUAAGUGUCACGUACCGACCAGUGAACGUGACACGAAUUACUGUAGUUGGAAAUAAACAAUACAAAAAGUACAGAUGAAGAACAAAGCUGUUGCAUUCGGCGAACACUGAAAUAAAGCACAUACGGAAAAACUUGA